AUAUUUUACCGUUUUGGCAUUAUCUUACAGUUUGUUAUGAGAUCAAAUGUGACGCGCAAGCCGGAUCGUUGCAAUCCGUACCUUAGACUACAGCAUGGCCAAACGGAAAGACUUCUUAAACCAGUUUCUCGCAUCACACUCGGUGCCAGAGGAUGCUCUAGAGCACUUUGGCGCAAACGACUUCACAAACGAAUUCCUAUCGCUUCCUUCGUAUCGAGUCGUCCCAGCAUACGGCCGCAUCCUCAAAGAGAGUGGCGAGGACUACUUUUUCUCCAGAACGAUCAACACGCCUUCCACCAUCCCGCAUAUGGUGACACUUCAACUGAAGGAUGUUCGCACUCUCAAAGAGAGUGAUAGGCGUAUGCUAAAACCUUACCAAGGCCACAAGGAAGUAGUCAAACCCCCCGAGAAUCCAGAUACUAUUGUCCUGAUACAUCUCGCCCGUCCGGGUGUAGAUGGACAUCCUUCUGUGAUUCAUGGGGGAGUUACAUGUGCUAUCUUCGAUGAGACCAUAGGUUCUUGUGUUAUGCUACACCACGAAGCUGCUUCUGGGGCUCGCGAUACUCUCUUUACAGCGACGCUCAGCGUAAACUUUCGUGCUCGCACACAAACGCCAAAUGAUGUUGUGGUCAAAUGCUGGCUAGAAGGCCGACAGGGACGCAAGUGGAAGGCGAGGGGUCUAAUGAUCGACCGGAACGGUCUUGUCCUUGCUGAAGCGGAGGGCUUAUGGAUGGAAACCAGAGAGUCAGGAAAGCUAUAGUCAUGCUACAUCCCUUACCAGCGACCGGUCGAUGACAAAAGUUGAUGGUACAAGCUUGCGACCAGUAAACAAUGUCAAUUAGUGCACAGAGAAUGCGACGAGAAGGAAAAAGGAAUCCGAACCCAAAUUGGACGCAUGUGGUGUACCACCUGCGACAAAAGAGGAUUUCUUUCCACUUCAGCAAAGCAACCUGGCUAUCAGGAACAGAAAAUUUUAAAGGAAUUCCACAUUCUUA